CUGACCCACGAUUUGUUUUAGACAGCAGUGUUAGAUUAUUGUUAGUUUGCGCUGCACUCAAGAUGGGUGUUAUAAAUCUUAUAUUUUUGGUGUUCUUGUGUGAUCAAUUGGUGCUAAAUGGAUUUGCUUCUCCAAUUGGGUAUCCAUUAUAUCAAACUAAUGGUGAGCAAGUGCACUUGGAGAAGAAAGAUGGUCCUUUGUCCUGUCCUUGUGCAAGCCAAAAUCAAAACCCGCCAGUGGUAGCAAAGUGUAACUUGGCUGUUCUUCUGUCUGUGAAAAAUGCAUCUGGGCUAGUUGUCCAAAAGGAGUCCAGCUUGCUCCCUGUCAAGAAGUUGGGCACUUUACCCACUGAGGUUAAUGGGAACCUCACUGGGUCCAGCCCCCAGCCUGCCAAGGAAUCCAGUGCUAUCCCAGCUGGGGAGUCCAGCCCUCAGCUUGCCAAGGAAUCUAGUGCUAUCCCAGCUGGGGAAUCCAGCCCCCAGCCUGUCAAGGAAUCCAUUAAUAUCUCAGCUGGGAAAUCUAGCCCUCACCCUGCCAGCAGUAUCCCAGCUGGGGAAUCUAGCCCCCAGCCUGCCAAGGAAUCCAGUGCCAUCCCAGCUGGAGAAUCUAGCCCUCAACCUGCCAGCAGUAUCCCAGCUGGGGAGUCCAGCCCCCAGCCAGCCAAGGAAUCCAGUGCUAUCCCAGCUAGGGAGUCCAGCCCCCAGCCAGCCAAGGAAUCCAGUGCUAUCCCAGCUGGGGAGUCCAGCCCUCAGCUUGCCAAGGAAUCCAGUGCUAUCCCAUCUGGGGAAUCCAGCCCCCAGCCUGCCAAGGAAUCCAGUAAUAUCUCAGUAAUAUCUGGGAAAUCCAGCCCUCAACCUGCCAAGGAAUCCAGUGCUAUCCCAGCAGGGGAGUCCAGCCCCCAGCCUGCCAAGGAAUCCAGUGCUAUCCCAGCAGGGGAGUCCAGCCCCCAGCCUGCCAAGGAAUCCAGUGCUAUCCCAGCAGGGGAGUCCAGCCCCCAGCCUGCCAAGGAAUCCAGUGCUAUCCCAGCUGGGGAGUCCAGCCCCCAGCCUGCCAAGGAAUCCAGUGCUAUCCCAGCUGGGGAGUCCAGACCCCAACCUGCCAAGGAAUCCAGUAAUAUCUCAGCUGGGAAAUCCAGCCCCCAGCCUGCCAAUGAAUCCAGUGCUAUCCCAGCUGGGGAGUCCAUCCCCCAGCCUGCCAAGGAAUACAGUAAUAUCUCAGCUGGGAAAUCUAGCCCUCACCCUGCCAGCAGUAUCUCAGCUGGUGAAUCUAGCCCCCAGCCUGCCAAGGAAUCCAGUGCUAUCCCAGCUGGGGAGUCCAGCCCCCAGCCUGCCAAGGAAUCCAGUGCUGUCCCAGCUGGGGAGUCCAGCUCCCAGCCUGCCAAGGAAUCCAGUGCUGUCCCAGCUGGGGAGUCCAGCUCCCAGCCUGCCAAGGAAUCCAGUGCUGUCCCAGCUGGGGAGUCCAGCCCUCAGCUUGCCAGCAGUAUCCCAGCUGGGGAGUCCAGCUCCCAGCCUGCCAAGGAAUCCAGUGCUAUCCCAGCUGGGGAGUCCAGCCCCCAGCCUGCCAAGGAAUCCAGUAAUAUCUCAGCUGGGAAAUCUAGCCCUUACCCUGCCAGCAGUAUCCCAGCUGGGGAGUCCAGCUCCCAGCCUGCCAAGGAAUCCAGUGCUAUCCCAGCUGGGGAGUCCAGCCCCCAGCCUGCCAAGGAAUCCAGUAAUAUCUCAGCUGGGAAAUCUAGCCCUUACCCUGCCAGCAGUAUCCCAGCUGGGGAAUCUAGCCCCCAGCCUGCCAAGGAAUCCAGUGCUAUCCCAGCUGGGGAGUCCAGCCCCCAGCCUGCCAAGGAAUCCAGUAAUAUCUCAGCUGGAGAAUCUAGCCCUCAGCCUGCCAGCAGUAUCCCAGCUGAGAAGUUAUGUCCUCAACCCACCAAGGAGUCCAGCCCCAACCAAGUUGUACAGUCUGGAGCCUUGUCUGCUGGAAAGACUAGUGCAAAACCCACUGAGGUUAAUGGUAUUAAUCUGACUGGGUCGAGCAGUAAUCCUGCUGGGGAAUCUAGCCCUCAGCCUGCCAGCAGUAUCCCAGCUGAGAAGUUAUGUCCUCAACCCAUCAAGGAGUCCAGCCCUCAGCCUGCCAGUAUCUCAGCUGGGGAGUCCAGCCCUCAGCCUGCCAGUAUUUCAGCUGGGGAGUCCAGCCCUCAGACUGCCAAAGGAUCCAGCAGCAUCUCAGCUGGGGAGUCCAGCCCUCAGCCUGCCAAGGAAUCCAGCAGCAUCUCAGCUGGGGAGUCCAGCCCUCAGCCUGCCAGUAUCUCAGCUGGGGAGUCCAGCCGUCAGCCUGCCAAGGAAUCCAGCAGGAUCUCAGCUGGGGAGUCCAGCCCUCAGCCUGCCAAGGAAUCCAGCAGUAUCUCAGCUGGGGAAUCUAGCCCUCAACCUGCCAGCAGUAUCUCAGCUGGGGAGUCUAGCCCUCAACCUGCCAAGGAAUCCAGCAGCAUCUCAGCUGGGAGUCCAGCCCUCAGCCUGCCAAAGAAUCCAGCAGUAUCUCAGCUGGGGAGUCCAGCCCUCCACCUGCCAAGGAAUCCAGCAGUAUCCCAGCUGGGGAAUCUAGCCCUCAGCCUGCCAGCAGCAUCCCAGCUGGGGAGUCCAGCCCUCAACCUGCCAAGGAAUCCAGCAGGAUCUCAGCUGGGGAGUCCAGCCCUCAACCUGCCAAGGAAUCCAGCAGUAUCUCAGCUGGGGAAUCUAGCCCUCAGCCUGCCAGCAGCAUCCCAGCUGGGGAGUCCAGCCCUCCCCCUGCCAAGGAAUCCAGUGCUAUCCCAGCUGGGGAGUCCAGCCCUCCACCUGCCAAGGAAUCCAGUGCUAUCCCAGCUGGGGAGUCCAGCCCUCAGCCUGCCAAGGAAUCCAGUAGCAUCUCAGCUGGGCAGUCCAGCCCUCAACCUGCCAAGGAAUCCAGCAGUAUCUCAGCUGGGGAAUCUAGCCCUCAGCCUGCCAGCAGCAUCCCAGCUGGGGAGUCCAGCCCUCAGCCUGCCAAGGAAUCCAGCAGCAUCUCAGCUGGGGAGUCCAGCCCUCAACCUGCCAAGGAAUCCAGUGCUAUCCCAGCUGGGGAGUCCAGCCCUCAGCCUGCCAGUAUUUCAGCUGGGGAGUCCAGCCCUCAGACUGCCAAGGGAUCCAGCAGCAUCUCAGCUGGGGAGUCCAGCCCUCAGCCUGCCAAGGAAUCCAGCAGCAUCUCAGCUGGGGAGUCCAGCCCUCAGCCUGCCAGUAUCUCAGCUGGGGAGUCCAGCCGUCAGCCUGCCAAGGAAUCCAGCAGGAUCUCAGCUGGGGAGUCCAGCCCUCAGCCUGCCAAGGAAUCCAGCAGUAUCUCAGCUGGGGAAUCUAGCCCUCAACCUGCCAGCAGUAUCUCAGCUGGGGAGUCUAGCCCUCAACCUGCCAAGGAAUCCAGCAGCAUCUCAGCUGGGGAGUCCAGCCCUCAGCCUGCCAAAGAAUCCAGCAGUAUCUCAGCUGGGGAGUCCAGCCCUCCACCUGCCAAGGAAUCCAGCAGUAUCCCAGCUGGGGAAUCUAGCCCUCAGCCUGCCAGCAGCAUCCCAGCUGGGGAGUCCAGCCCUCAACCUGCCAAGGAAUCCAGCAGGAUCUCAGCUGGGGAGUCCAGCCCUCAACCUGCCAAGGAAUCCAGCAGUAUCUCAGCUGGGGAAUCUAGCCCUCAGCCUGCCAGCAGCAUCCCAGCUGGGGAGUCCAGCCCUCCCCCUGCCAAGGAAUCCAGUGCUAUCCCAGCUGGGGAGUCCAGCCCUCCACCUGCCAAGGAAUCCAGUGCUAUCCCAGCUGGGGAGUCCAGCCCUCAGCCUGCCAAGGAAUCCAGCAGUAUCUCAGCUGGGGAGUCCAGCCCUCAGCCUGCCAAGGAAUCCAGUAGUAUCUUAGCUGGGGAGUCCAGCCCUCCACCUGCCAAGGAAUCCAGUGCUAUCACAGCUGGGGAGUCCAGCCCUCCACCUGCCAAGGAAUCCAGUGCUAUCCCAGCUGGGGAGUCCAGCCCUCAGCCUGCCAAGGAAUCCAGUAGC